AUGGGAUUCUGUCAUGCUCUUCUAUAUGCUAUCCUUUACUCAGACAGUCUUGGACGCGGAAUUAGUGCAGAAGUCCGUUCAGCAGUGGAUGAUCUCAGAAUUCUUCGCAACGAAUUUGCUCAUACUGCCCAGGCCCGGGUCUCAGAUUCAGACUUCUUUUCUCUCUGGAACAGAGUCCGUCGUGCUUUUCAGUCACUCGGUCUCUCUACUCUUCCGCUAAGUCUCGUGGUAGAAGAGUUCCUUGCAGGUAAAAGUUGUUUGAGCUUUCAUAGAGCCCUCAAUAGUGCAGUCAGUAUGGAGAGGAGGGAGAAUGUGUUGUUCUAACUUCUGAGUCUGUGGAUAAAAUCGUUUGGUGUGGCCAUGUAAAUUAACUGAAGCACUACUUGCAUACAGUACUUAAGGUUUUUAUGACUUUACAAAAUCAAAUUUCGAAUUUUUCUCAAAUUUUUAUAUUGGCCACUGUUAGGAAUGAAAUUAUUAUUAGGAGGUUCAUUUUUCUUUUUUGAUAUAAUCAGUGCAAUGUAAAACCGUUUACAGUAUUUUGUGAUUUAUGUUCUUUACCAUAAUUUACAAAGAAAGUUGCAGUUUUAUUUUGUAACAAGAUUAGUAAUUUCUUGGUUCACCAAUUCUUCCAAAAGGCUAUAGCUAAGGAACAGAGUAAAAACAGUGAUUUAGGGCUGUGUAUUAUACGUCCCGAAUCUCCGAAUGGGCACUUUCUUUUGCAUAAUGUUCAUUACUAUUUCUCUUCUGAUUGACUUAAAUCUAACGACUAAUUCUUUAAGAGCAAUCUUAUAACGUAUCUUUUUAAGUUUGCUUAUGGUUGAAUGAAUUUUUAUUGUUUUGCUUAUUUUAAAGAGGUUUGUUGUUGUUGUUGUUGUUUUUUUUCAUGCUUUUAUUACUAAUGUUAUACUACUACAUGAGAAUUUUCUGCAAUUUGAUCGGCUUAGAGCUGUGGUAUUUCAGCUUAAUUUGAAAUACCUACAUGUGAAAAUUACAAAACCUUUGCGGGUAGUAGUAUAGACAAAUAAUAGCAUGAUUUGUACGUGGUAUUUGGCUUAAAUACCACUCGUGAUAUUUCAAAAUUGUGUCAAAUUUCACUCGCCUAACGGCUCGUGAAAUUACGUAUAACAAUUUCGAAAUACCACUCGUGGUAUUUAUGCCAAAUAUCACUACAAAUCAUGCUAUUACUUAUACUAAUGCGCAUUUGAUCAUUUUUAUGAAUACCUGAUUAAAUUAUUAUUGCGUUCGCAGAACGCCAUCCUAAAUUAGUAGCCAGAAAAAAUCGAGAUUUUUAGCGACGGACUUUCAAAUACCCUGGCCUCUUGAAAGAACGUAGCUGUCUUGGGUACGAACGAUACAAAACACAUGACUCAUUUUUCGACCAAUACGAGAUGACUGUUGGUCCACGUGACUUGUAACACACAAUGGAAACUUUCAGAAUGUUUCUUGAUCUGUUUGCCUUUUAAGCCUUUUAAGCUCGAUUCAAGGUUUUCCUGAUGCUAGCGAAGGCGAGAAAAUCAAGUUUUAACGCGAACAUAGGUGAAUUUUGUUCUGUUACUUUUGUUUGUUUGUUUGUUUUUUUAUGGCGUCUUAAAUUACUUGGAUAUAAUUCGAAUUCAGGCAUAUGCGAUUAAGUGCGUUAAUUGAGCAAAUUUUUGGUGUACACAGCGUACAAGUAAUGUUCCUUCGACUUUCGACUUUCGUUUAGUUAUUUUAACAAAUUAAGUUUCAUGAAUUGUAGUGUGGAUCUUUCAACUUUGAGUCACAUAAAAACCGCAUGCAGCGUUCAAGUUAAAUAAUUAUUGUUCGAGGCUUUCCCGGUAGCACUGCACUUUAUGUUUUUUUAAGUAAUGAUUUAGAAAGCUAAAAAGGAAGCUUAUGUCCUUCCGAUUGACUUCAUUAGAGAGCUUAAGCAAAGUCAAACAAAUUCAAGCAUUGCUGCAAGUUUUGAACGAGCAAAACAUUACUCUGCACAUACACGAUGCACGCUUUUCUGUCGGAUUUUUGUUUUCGUCGCUGCAUGAGUAAAAAUCUUCUUAUAUUUUAUUACUACAAAUGAAAUUAUCCGAUUAUUGCCAAUAAAUCUAAAUCCUGCAGCUGAAGAAACUAACACUUGGGUCAACUAACAACUAAUUUCAUUUUGUUGUUAACUGGUGCGCAAUAUAAUUAUGCAACACAUAUUGCCGGUUCUAUAUCAACCUUUUCACAAUAAAACUGUUUUUUAACAAUAUGUUAAUCAUUGCCAUCAUCAUCACCUUUUUUUCUCCCUGAGCACUUACCCGUAGAAGCCUGUAAAAAUCUAUGGUCUGCCCGGAAAUAACUCACUUCGCAUAUCGAACGCACUCUUUAAUCUAUAAUUACCCCUAGUUAUUGUUAUAACCAGCUAGCGUUUUGCCUUUUCUUUUUAACUCUGCUUUCGUAUUAUAUGAAGCAUUAUGCGAUGCAAGGAGGGCGCUGUCCGUCUGGGCUUCCUCGAUUUGAAUAAUUUGUUAUAUCAUACGAAAGCCUAGUCCAUUAAUUGCGAAAUAUCCUAAUGUUCUUCGUUUUUCUCCACAGAAUGUUCAAGGGAACAACUCAACUUCUUCAAGAUGUGUUACCUCGUCUCUGAUGUUGUGACCAAGGGACUGAGAAUGUUGUUUAAAAGGGAAUGGGAUUUUCGCUUUGAGGAAACGCUUGGAGAAUGGAUGGAUAUACCUAAAAAUGGAGAAGACUUCUACUCGAUGGAAUAUAAAGGGAGCCGUAAAACGCGUGCCCAUCUGCUAGCUACAAUGACGAACGGCAAUACUGAAGAAUGGGACGUCACCAUACUCUGUUAUGCCAUUAUGUAUUCCGACAGUAUUGGCUCUUCGUUAAGUCCAGCUGUUAGGUCACAAGUGGAUGUUCUGAGAAACGUUCGCAAUGAGACAAUGAACAGCUCACGGGCUAGCCUGUCAGUGGCAGACCUUCAAGACAUCGUUCAAAAAGUUGACUUCGCUUUUAAAUGUCUUGGUCUUUCGACACAACCAGUCCAAGACCUUAAGAAACAAACGUUCCAAUUUGAGCCGACAGAGGGAAGUUACGAUGAAAAACAGCAGCUGGAAAAACAGGUGGAAGAUGUUGAAUUCGAGGACCAAAAAGAUGUUUCCUCAUUUUGCCGGCUGCCAUUAAAACCUCCACUGGACAUUAUAGGUCGAGAAAGUGAUAAAGAGAAAAUUGUUCAAGAACUUAAGAAGCUAAAGAAGAACAAUGAAGGCGGCCUAAGUUGUCUAAUCAUAUCAGGAAUGCCUGGAAGUGGCAAGUCGCAGCUUGCAAGAAGGGUAGCUGAGAGUUUUUACUGCGAUGCUACAAACAUCACCGACGUCCACGCAUUUGUUAUGACGCUGAAUGCUGAAAGUUCUGACAGCCUUUUGGAAUCAUUCACCUCAUUUGCCCAACAGAUCAAAUGCUCAGAAAUUGAAGUUAACAAGAUCCUUGUAUCGGAGGAAGAAACGCCCGAAGAGAAAAUAAUCAGGCUAAAGAAUCUGAUUCAGGAAAGAAUCCAUCUUUACACGACAUGGCUUUUGGUCAUCGAUAAUGUAACCGGUGUCCGUAGCAUUCCUUUGCCAGAGGCUGGAAAUGCUUUAUGGAAAACGGGACAAAUGCUAAUCACAACCCGUGACACCGUCGCUGAACUGCCCGAGGAUACUUUCACGUCUCACAUCUCAAUAAAUCAAGGAAUGGAGCCCAAUGAUGCUGUAUCUUUAAUGGCCGCGGUCUCCGGUACUGAUGACAAAGAAGUGCUUGCAAAAGUGGCAAAGGAAUUGGAUUAUCAGCCCCUUGCUUUGGUGAAUGCAGCGACGUGCGUCAAACACGAUUGUCAGAGCAAUGAAGACCCCAAUCUUGCCUGGACAGAGAUCCUCAAUGCAUUGAGAGCAGACAAGGAACAAUCCGUUUCUGCUGAUGUUUCUACACCCGAGUCGAGUAUCGUCAAAUACACGGAUGUAGUAGUACGUCUAGCAGUUGAAGAACUGAUCCAAAACGAUCUCAUAAAGCUUGUCUUCACCUUCCUGUCCUUGUUCAAACGAAAAGAGUUUGAUUUACAUACGUUGAUCACUUACGUUCAGAAGGUUGAAGAACUCCAGGAUAAAGACGUUCAGAAGGCAGAAGAACUCCAGGAUAAAGAAGAGAUUAGGAAGACGAGUGAGUCCCAAAUUAAAGCCUGCCCACUACUGUUGCUUGAACAAGAGGCAAAUAACGUUAAGAUUGGUGUUCACCAAGUUGUGUUUAAUGGCAUUAAGUCCACACUCAAAAAGCGUUCGAUUCCUGAUAGUCAGAUUCGUGCUGCUGUUAAGUUAUCUUACCAAAUGGAAAUUGAUCCUCUUCAGGAGAGUUCAGACAUGUUAGAGCUCGUUGACGAUGAACGCCUCGUUUCAUUUUUAAGGUACUUACAUGAUGUUCGGCGUGUUCUUGUAACUGGGGUUAGUGUUGGUUAG